UAAUCUAACCGCGAAAAUAUCCACAAACCCAAACAAACUUCUUCAUCCUCCACUCCCCUGUAACAACCACUUCAAAUCACCCAUUCUUCCUUCAAAACCCUAAAUUCACAUGAACAGAUGAAGCCAAAUUCUUCAAUCAACUGUUAACAAUGUCAAAUCGAUGCUCUAAUCUAUGUAAUUCCAGAUCAUUCUCUCUCUAUACACCGUUUCUCGCACCUCUAAAACCCUAUGCCACCACUCGCCGCCCAUUUUUCCCCUUUCCACACAGUUUUAUAUUGAUUGGUAGAAGAUGGAGACGCGGAUCAUCGUCUGUUCGGCUGAAAGUAGCUGCUCAAUCGUCAUCGGAUGUUGUUCUCAUUGCAACAAAAGUUCAUAGUGAUGGUAGUUUAGUGUUCCGGUUUGGGGAUGCUUCUGAGGUGGUGGAAAAUGAUGAUGUGGAGGAAGAGAUAGAGAGCCAAACUGAACUAGAAAGUAGUGUUGUGAAGGUAUUAGAUGGAGAUCAGGAUAGACAAGUUAUCAUAGAGACAGGUGAUAGCGGAUAUGAUAGUGUGGAGGGGAGACUUGUUGAGGUAGCUGAUGAAAUAAGGAAUGCAGAUAUAGAAAGUGACAUUGAUGAAAGUGUGACCUAUGAUAUCACGGAUUUGGAAGAUAAUAAUGCAGAAUCAAGUGAGAGAUUGUCAGAAAUAUCUGAAAAUGAAGUUUGUGUAUCUCAAUCUGAUGUUAAUUUGGAUGAUUCUAUGAAAGUUGUAGAGAGCACACUUGAUGAAGCCAGAUUAAGUGUUCAGCUCGAUGAGGAAGAGAGUUCAGACACAAUUCUGGACCUUCUUGAUGACACUCCAGACAUAGAAAAACGUGCAGAUCCCGAAGGAACAUUUUUAAAUGGUACUGAUGAUAACACUGUGGAUCCAUCAGUUUCUAUUGAGCUUGAAAGUACGCACGUUUCAGAAAAUGAAGUCAUGGAUGAUUUGGACAAUGUGGAAGCUGAAGAUACUAGCAAAAGUGAUACAGAAGAUGUUUCCGUUGAGCUUGAAUGUACACAAGUUUUGCCAACUGAACUCAUAGAUGAUUUGGACAAGGUGGAAGCUGAAGAUACCAGCAAAAGUGUUACAGAAGAUGUUUCUGUUGAGCUUGAAAGUACGCAAGUUUUGCAAACUGAACUCAUGGAUGAUUUGGACAAGGUGGAAGCUGAAGAUACCAGCAAAAGUGUUACAGAAGAUGUUUCUGUUGAGCUUGAAAGUACGCAAGUUUUGCAAACUGAACUCAUGGAUGAUUUGGACAAUGUGGAAGCUGAAGAUACUAGCAAAAGUGAUACAGAAGAUGUUUCCGUUGAGCUUGAAAGUACACAAGUUUUGCAAACUGAACUCAUGGAUGAUUUGGACAAGGUGGAAACUGAAGAUUCUAGAAAAAGUGAUACAGAAGAAAUAAAACCUUCUGCAAAUGAGGGUACGGAUGAAGAGUUGAAAGAUAUAAUCAUUGAUGAGGGCACUAUGAUAGAUGAGGUGUCCCCAUCCAAGUCAUUAGAUGUUCAAUUGACGGGUGCUGUAAAUGAGGAUGUGGAAGAAGAAUUACAAGAUAUGAACUUAAAUGAAGCUACUAUCAUAGAUGAGAUACCAUCAUCUGAUCAAUUAGCAGUUGAACUAACUUUAGAUGAGGUAAACCAGAUUCAAUCUGUCAAGGAUCAGACUACGGAAGAUGAGUUGCAAGAAGUGAGCACUGAAAACAGGGAGGAAAAUGAUGUUGCUUAUGUCGUGCCUGUUUCCGCUGUAGAAGAGGCAGAAAUAAUUGUAGAAGAGGAAGUAAGCCAGCCCCAAUCUACCCCUCUUGAGCUCAAGCCUGCUAUUCAAGUUCUAGAUCCUGACCUUCAGGAUACUAUAGGACAGGAUCUAGAUAAUGGAAUUUUACAAGAUGACAAUGGUAUUAAGGUACCAUCAGAUUCUGUCAAGCUCGAAGCUACUCAAGUUUCAGAUAAUGAAGUGACGGAUGUUACACAACCAUAUGGUGAGGAUGAGUCACAAGUGGCGGACAAUGAUACAAAUGACUUACUGCGUCCUGCAACCAUGCAUGUUUCAGAUGUUGAUAUUGAUGAAAAGUCGCAAGAUACGAACAUUAGUGAAGGUACUUUCAUAGAUGAGAUGCCAACACCUGCUCCAUUAGGAUCUGAACCGACUUUAGAAGUUCUAACUAAUAAAGGCAUGAAUGUUGAUAUGGAUGAAAGGUUACAAGAUAUGACCAUUAGUGAGGGUACUUUAAUAGAUGAGAUACCAACAUCUAAUCUAUUAGGAGCCGAACCAACUCUAGAAAUUGCAGCUACUAAAGACAUGGAUCUUAAGGAUAUUGAUACGGAUGAAAGGUUGCAAUAUAAGAACGUUAGAGAGGAUACUCUCAUAGAUGAGACGCCAACAUUUGAUCCAUUAGGAGCUGAACCAACUUUAGAAGCUUCAACUACUAAAGACAAGAAUGUUAAUGAUGUUAAUACGGAUCAAACGUUGCAAGAUAUGAACAUUAGUGAGGGUACUUUCAUUGAUGAGUUGCCAACAUCUGAUCCAUUAGGUUCUGAACCAACGUUAGCAGUUUCAACUACUAAAGGCAUGGAUGUUUCAGAUGUUGAUAUGGAUGAAAAGUUGCAAGAUAUGAACAUUAGUGAAGGUACUUUCAUAGAUGAGAUGCCAACACCUGAUCCACUAGAAUCUGAACCGAGUUUAGAAGUUUCAACUAAUAAAGGCAUGAAUAUUGAUUUGGAUGAAAGGUUGCAAGAUAUGAACAUCAGUGAGGGUCCUUUCAUACAUGAGAUCCCAGCAUCUGAUCCACUAGGAGCUGAACCAACUUUAGAAGUUUCAUCUAACGAAGGCAUGGAUAUUAAGGAUCCGACUGUGGAAGAUGAGUUGCAACUAGUGAGCAACGAUGUUGAUAUGGAUGAGAGGUUGCAAGAUAUGAACAUCAGUGAGGGUACUUUCACAGAUGAGAUCCCAGCAUCUGAUCCACUAGGAGCUGAACCAACUUUAGAAGUUUCAUCUGAUGAAGGCAUGGAUAUUAAGGAUCUGGCUGUUGAAGAUGAGGUGCAACUAGUGAGCAAUGAUAAUAUGGGUGAGAAUGAAAUUGCAGAUGUGCUGCCUGCAGAAGCAAUUCUAGAAGAAGAGGUAUUCCAGCCCCAUUUAAAACCUAUUGAACUCGAGGCUACCAUGCCAGUUUCAGAUAUCGAAGCUCAGGAUGCUAAAGGUCAGAAUCUAGAUGAUGAGAUUUUACCGGUCAUCAAUGAGGAUGCAGAGCAACUGUCACAUCAAUUAGAAUCCGAACCUGUUCAAGAUGAGGGAGUAAAAAGGUUGCAAGAUAUGAACAUCAGUGAGGAUAAGUUCAUAGGUGAGAUACCAACAUCUGAUCCAUUAGGAACUGAAUCAAUGUUAGAAGGCUCAACUACUGAAGACAAAGAUGUUAAGGAUCUGGCUGUUGAAGAUGAGUUGCAACUGGUGAGCAAUGAUAAGACGGAGGAGAAUGAAAUUGCAGAUGUAAUGCCUGCAGAACCAAUUCUAGAAGAAGAGGUAAGCCAGCCCCAAUUAACACCUGUUGAACUCAAGGAUACUAUGCAAGUUUCAGAUAUCAAAGUUCAGGAUGCUACAGGUCAGAAUCUAGAUGAUGAGAUUUCACAGGUUAUGAAUGAGGAUGCUGGUGACGGUUACAUUGAGGAUGUAGAGCCAUCACCCCAUGAAUUAGAAUCCCUUCUUGUUCAAGACGAGGGAGUAAAAGACAACAUGUUAGCACAGCGUGACGAAUCGGAUGCAGUGGAAAGCUCAAUCUUGCUGAUAAAAGAUGCCCAUGACCUACUACCGGAAGCAGAAAGAACCGAGGACGUGGUAGAUAGCAGUGAACUUGCUGAAGUAUCAGAAGUUACUGCAUUCCUGUUAGCAGCUGAAGCUGAAGUGGAAAGGGAGGAGAUUUAUCUCACAGACGAUUUCCUGUUAUCUGGUGCGGCUUUGUUGGAACAUCCAUCUAAGGCAUUGACAGGUGGAGAUGAUGCCUAUUUUGUGGCUGGCAGCAAAUGGCUAGGGGUGGCUAGUGGAGUUAGCCAGUGGUCAUUUGAAGGCACUGGUCCAGGAGUUUACGCCCAAGAGCUCAUGAGGACUUGUGAAGAGAUUGUGUUGGAUACCUGCAACGUUCCAGUGACUAACCCUGUUGAACUUCUUUGUAGAGGUGUCAAAGAAACAAAUAUGUCAGGUUCCUCCAAUGUUUUACUUGCCAACUUCAAUGGUCAGGUUCUUCAUGUAGCUAAUAUAGGAGACACGGGAUUUUUGGUAAUAAGACAUGGUGCUAUUUAUAAGAAGUCUUCUCCAUCGCUUCACGAGUUCCAUUUUGCAUUGCAAGUUGAAGACUCUGACGACCCCUUGCAACUUGUGGAGGAAUCCUUAAUUGAACUAGAGGUCGGUGACAUAGUUAUAUCUGCUACAGAUGGACUUUUUGACAAUCUUUAUGAAAGAGAGAUAACCAUGAUUGUCUCCAAGUCAUUGCAAGCUGGGAUGAAACCGAAGGAAAUUGCUAACAUAUUGGCAACAAGAGCACAAGAGGUAGGGAAGUCUUCAUUUGUAAGAAGUCCGUUCUCAGACGCUGCACAGGCUGCUGGAUACACUGGAUAUGCUGGUGGCAAGCCGGAUAAUGUGGCAGUGAUUGUGUCUUUGGUGGAAAAAGGAUCCAACCUUCUUGCAGUGUAAUAUCAACUGCUUUCUUGCAUCAGAUUCUCUGAUUUCUACUUUAGAAAUACAGUUAAGUCUCUAAAUAACAUGAUGAAUAUGGAGGUUAAUACCACAACCAAGGGAAGUUCAUUAUAUGGUCAAAGGGAGACGCAUGUGACAUAAUAUCAUAUCAUAGGCCUUCAUGUCCAUCCAAGGUAAGAUCUUUUCAAACUUAGAAAUGGCUAAUUAAUGAAAUGUACAUGCUAUUGUUGCAUUAUUCUAUGUAAUUAUGUCUUCUAUUAUUUACUUGUAUUUAUAAAAAUAUUGUGAGAAAGGUUUAUGUAAUUGAAGGUUCUUAUUCAUGGAUA